CCGGUUGCCCUGGGGACCAGUGGAUACAUUCUGGGGUGCCGGCAGCAUGCCUGGCAAAGGAGCCAAAAGACCGGAGCCCGAAGUGCCGGAGGAAGCACCGCCGCCCCCACCACCUGAAGCUAAUUCCGAGGCUUUGGAAUUUCUAGCUACAAUAAGUGAAGAAGAAAUUCCGUUGCUCUAUUUCUCUGAGACUUUGAACAUGAUUUCUGAGACUAACCAGAUUCUGGGGGAGUAUUCCCUGGACAUAAAACAAGCCUAUUACUAUAGUUCCGAUGGGGACACCAAACGCAGUGUCCUAGUGCAUGCCACCAGCCGGGGCCAGCUGGAAGAAAUCCCCUGUGGGACAUCUAUCUCGGGCUAUCUCGACUGGGAUUUGAAAACAUAUCAGCAGCACCAUCAUGAAUUCAUUAAGUUCUUACCUCUGUCAGUUGACAAGAAGACCACCUUACUGAAGCAGAAUGCAGACAUGCUGAUGACUAGAAUCCUCAAGGAAGGUGAGGUUACAAAGACAGAAAAGACAUCAUUCAACCUGAAUGUGAUGGAUGGGUUCAUCUCAGAGUCUGCUAACCUGCUCCUGCUAAGGGUGAUGGGCUGGCGAAGGAAGGUUCCCCAAAAUGCCAAAUUCCUGGCCUUUGAUGGAGAAGGAAAGCUCUGCCACUCCACCUAUGUGAGGGAGCGCUGUAGCCUGGGAGAAGCCCUGGGCUUCCAAACCAUUCAACUGGGCUCAGAGCAGGCUGAAGUGUUGGUGGUAGAACAGACGAUGCAUUCUAAUGAAGACAUCCCCAUGACAUGGCAGUACUACCUGUUACCUGAUGGGCACCUGGCCAAGAGAAUCCAGGUGGGAUCCCCCUUCUGCUGCAUCAUCACCAAGAUGCCCAUAAUGAGGGAGGAGGAUGAGUUUGAUCCCAAACCAGUGUUUGAAAAGAAACAACUGGAAUGGGAAGAAGAUGUUCAGCUCUUUGCCAUUUUCCGGGACCGAAAGGAAGAGCUCCAGGCCAGCCAUACCACUUAUAUGCAGCAUCACCCAGAGGCCCAGACCCUGAUCUCUGAUUUCUUACUCUUCCUGUUGCUCCGACAACCUUCUAAUGUGGUAACCUUUGCUGCUGAGUAUUUUGGUCCCUUUGCCCGGGGCCUGGACAAGCCACCCCCAUUCCGAUCCUCCAACCGGCCCAGUCCCUUCCGAAACCCUUGCUCUUUGUCUGUCCCAUACAAUCCGCUAGAGAAGAUACCAGAGAAAUCAUCAGAGGAGAAGACUGAAGACUCUUCCUCAUAGCCAAGGAGAAUCAAGAGUCUGGACACAAGGAAGGUAGAUUGAUACCUCCAGGCAAAAUACCCUGGGACCUGAAGGACUGAUGGAGACCUGGGGCCUGGGAGCAUAAGAAAUGGGGGGGGGGGGACAGGGCAGGAUUUGGCUGGCAUUUCCUCUAACAUCAGGCCUCACUAGGAAGCCUGAAAGAAGAAUAAAUAGGAGACCCUUUUGGCCUCUCCCUGACUUGUAAUGCUCUGUGCCAAGUUUGUUGGGUCUUUGGCAUGGGAAGCCAGUGGGAGGGGUGUGGGGUAGUGGAAAGAAUACUGGUUUUGAUGUCAGAGGAGCUAGUGUUUGAAUCCUGACUCGGUCACUUACUACCUCAGACAAGACACGUAAACAAGUAGAGCUUGUACGGUUCCACUGCUGCAUUUCUUAAGCCUACAGUAAGGCAGCAUGUCACUGUAUUAAUUAUCCAGCAAGGGAAUGCAAUGUCUGGGUCACCUCUCAGUUGGCACUCUACUUGAGACAGUAGUUUUAACUGUUUCUUGUGCUGCCCUGGGACAGCCUUCCUAAAAAGCUGAAAUAUCCCCACUGGCCACUAGAGGGUACUGAUGAUGAAGA